UAUAUCACCUGUUUGCAGUACAAUAAACCAAUAGGUGAACAUAUAUUUGUCAGUUUUAUUGAAUGAAAGAGCAAAAAAGCAAAGUAAAAGUCUUGCCCCAAGGGCAAUGGCACAGUUGUGCAUGGGUAAAAAUUGUAAUGAAACCUGUCAUAACGCCCUUUAAUGAUGCAUGGUUAACCUCUAAUAUUGAAGUAUGGGAAAGGAAGUCUUAGUUCCAUUUUCCCAAAAAGUAUUCAACUGUGUUGAACUUGCUUUUUUGCUUUUAAAUGAAGUUCUGAUAUGGAAUAGGUACAAAUAACUGAAAAAUAAUAGUGCGGGAAUAAACUCCAAGACAUGGCGUGAGAUGGGAUGAAAGAUGGACCACAAGCUUACUUGAUGUUCAUAAUGGACAAUAAGUCCCACACUCAUAUCUGUGGACCCUUUGUUUUUACUGUUGAUGGAGCCCAAAAUCGAUGGAUUGAUUAGGACAACAUGCGUUCUAAGAUUCAUCGUCACUGCACACUGCAAUUUGCGACAUCCCAUAAACCGCAUGCUUAAAGGCUUUAGUACAUUUCAUCACAUAUUUAGUCAUAAUUACAUGCAUUAUAUAUAUAUACUCUUCAACAGAUUCACGGCCCUUAUGGUCUUACAGACAGUACAUUUUUGUAGGCUUAGCUUAGGUUAGCUUGUCAUGAAAGAAAGCAAAAUCACAAUUUCAAAAUUUCACCUUUCUUUUCUGGUCUAACUUUUUUCAAGCUCUUAAAUUUAGGCUUUUUGCCCUUUUUUAUUUUCUUUCCGCCCUUUGCUGGUCUCAUGGCUUGUUUUGUUUGUCUUUCAAAAGCUAUUAUGAUGAUGAUGAUGAUGAUGCCCUAACACUUUCAUAAGGAGGCUGUGAUUCUUUUAUACAUGCCAUAACAACGUUUUAGAGAAAAAUAAGGUUGACGUAAUUUGACAUGGCAUUUCACGAUAAAUAAAAAAUGUUAGACAAUAGCAUAACUUGACAAAUUAUAAGUCCGAUACAUGAUCUUUUUAAUCUAGAUUUAAGUGAUAAAGAUUAAGGAAUUUCGAUGGAGACUGAAAUGUGAAUAAAAGGGAAGAAAAAAAAGUGACAAUAAUUUAUGGAGGAGACAAGACAGAAGGACGACAAAAUUAAGGUGUUGGGAUAAGGGCCCAAUGAAAGUGGACCCAUGUCUGAAUCAUGUGUUGACGUGGAUGAAUGUCUGGGAGAGAAGAGAAAACAGACUUGGUAACUUACACUCAGAGUUUACUUCUUGUUGGAGUUUGCUUGGUGAUUUUGAGGGUGACACUGCACUGUCAUGUUUCAAAGAAAACACUUCAGUCUCACUGUUAAAAAGGAAUAAUAAUAAAGUUUACAAUUUGAAUUGGAGAGUUGCGAAUUGAGGGAAGAAGGAAGGAAUAGAAAGAUGGAAAGAAGAGAAAAAGGUGAGAAAAGGGAAGUGUUAAUGGCGGAAAAGUUGAAAGGUGGGGUUUUUGUGGGGAAAAGAGGAGGGCCUUCAACUCCCCCACCCACAUGGAGACUUGAGUUUCCCUCUCAGCAGAAUGACAAUAAUGGUAACAACAGAAGCAAAAACAAAAACCAGGUUGAAGAGUUCCUCAACUUUCCCACUCCAACAACACUCUCUGCCAGAAAACUCUGCGCCAAGCUCUGGCAAAUUCAGCCCCACAAACAGGCCCCACUUCCCAAAAUGAACAGGCCUCCAUUCAUCCGCCCUCACCGUAGGGACACACUUCUCAAGGUUCAAAAUCUUAAGCCUUUGUCCCAGCCUCCUCAUACUCACCAGCCAGCAUCCGCUACGCGCUUGACAGAACAUGUUGGAACAUCACUUGUUCAGCACCAUAGAUCAGCUAAAAGAAAUGGUCGCACUAAACAGCCUGUAUCUCCUCCUUGUCACUGUAGCUCAAUGCAAGUUGCACCAUAUAAUAACCCUAUGAGAUCCGUAGACUUCAGGAGUUGGAUUAAAGAGUCAAGUGGCAACCCCAAAACAUCCAGAGAGUUACUCAAGGUACUCAACCAUAUAUGGUGUCUUGAAGAACAGCAUGCAUCAAACCUAUCAGUAGUGAAGGCCCUGAAGAUGGAACUAGAUCUUUCUCGGGCACAGGUUAAAGAGUUACAACAAGAAAAACAAUUGAAUAAGCAUGAAAUGGAGAACUUAAUAAAGCAAAGAACUGAGGAGAAGAUUGUUAACAAGAGCAAAGAGCAUGAUAAAAUUAAAGCUGCAAUUCAAUCUGUGAUGAAAGAGAUAGAAGAUGAAAGGAGGUUAAGAAAGCAUUCAGAAAGCUUGCAUCGGAGGUUGGCUAGGGAGCUUUCAGAAGUGAGGUCUUCAUUCAGUGGUUCUAUGAGAGAUCUUGAAAAGGAGAGAAAAACACGGAUCCUUUUAGAGAAUUUGUGUGAUGAUUUUGCCAAAGGAAUAAGAGAUUAUGAAUAUGAGGUACGUUCUCUUGUGCAUGAUAAUUCUGAGCAGGGUCAAGCUCAGGUUAAAGGGGGUAGCCUUGAUAGGCUAAUACUGCACCUGUCAGAUGCUUGGCUUGAUGAGCGAAAGCAAAUGAAGUUAGUUCAAGCUGGCCGUGAUCUCCCAGAGAUAGAUUCAUCAAUCGUUGACAAGUUAGGUGUUGAUAUUGAAACAUUUCUGCAUGCAAAAAGGUCUGUUAAUUUGAGAAGAUACAGUAACUCCUCCACAAAGGAGGCAAAGGAAAUUUACCCUUGCCUGCAUUCAAGGGCACCUCGUAAUGUAACUGAGGAAGACUCCGUUGGUACCUACAUUUUAGAGCAGAAAAAGACUACAGACAAAGGACUCGACAAACAUGGCUCCAAAAUGAACAACAACAAUACUGCAGAGGUUGAUAGAGAAAAGAAAGGAAGGCAUAAUUCUAUGAGGAAACAUGUUGAGUCCAAGGAAAUCAUUGAAGACUGUCGUGAGUUGCAAGCAGGUAUGAUGAAGAACCUGUCAUGUGAUGAAAAUGAGAGUUGGUUUGUUGAGAGGAAAUCAAGUGAAAUUGGAGGGGACAGCACAGCUCUAUUUAAUACCCCUGGGACAUCUACUGUUUGUGAGGCAACACAAGGUCCACCGGAAAGUAAUGCAUUAUUGUGGACAAAGAGAAUGAAUUCAAGUCAUGCAGUUAGAAACAGUUCCUUGUCUUCUGAAGGCAAUGAUAAGGUUUAUCCAGAGAGUAUUUUCAGGGAAGAUAUACUUCUCCGCACCGCAGUUACUGGUAACGGUAGUCCUGUAAAACAGUGGAAGUCUACAUUGGUCGUCCCAGAUUUUGACAAGUCUGAGUCUUGUUCCAAAUUGCAUAUAAAAGACAAUGACACGUUGAUGGAAAAACUGCUUGAAGCAAGGAUGGAGAAGCAGAAAUCCCGCUCUAGAGCAAGCAUUAGCAAAAGCUCAUUUCCUUCUGUCAGACAAGUUUGUAAUUAGAAACAUAGGAGUGUGAGUAGUUGCCACGGUAUCGCACUCUGAUGAGGCACACUGCCUAUCACUAUAUGUCCGCAAUUAACCUAUUUUUGAAAAGCUAUCGAAUCUUAGGAAUUUUAUAUAGUUAAAUGGAUGAAGAUCAUUGUUGAGUCCAUUACCAUCUUUUCAUCGGUGCUAGUUACCGUAGUUGACCUUUAUUAGAUUCCUCUCA